AUGAGUUCCUUGGAAAAGACUGACUUGCCGAAGAACGAGUUGCAAAUCGACUCGGAGUUCCUAAGGGAAGAACCCCUGGAGAUAAGUAACUUCGAAGAGUCUUCCUCUUCACAAGGCCCACAGCCAAGUGGUUCACGUUGGAGGAAGUUUAAAGAUUCUUUCAAACCCUUGGAUGAAGCCGUUGUCACUGACGACAUGAGCGAUAUCGAAAAGAUUGCUCACAGAACCGCGCAUGCACCACUGAAGCAUCAUUUAAAGAACAGACACUUGCAGAUGAUCGCCAUCGGUGGUGCCAUUGGUACUGGUCUGUUUGUCGGUUCCGGUACCGCGCUAAGAACAGCUGGCCCAGCUGGUAUUCUAAUUGGUUGGGGUCUAACGGGUACCAUGAUUUACUGUAUGGUUAUGGCCAUGGGUGAACUAUCUGUGGUCUUCCCAAUCUCAGGUGGUUUCACUACCUAUGCCACGAGAUUCAUUGACGAAUCGUUUGGUUUUGCCAACAACUUCAACUAUAUGUUGCAAUGGCUAUGUGUUCUACCGUUGGAAAUCGUUGCUGCUUCCAUUACAGUCAACUAUUGGGGUACGGAUCCUAAAUACAGAGAUGGUUUUGUUGCAUUAUUCUGGGUGGUCAUUGUCAUUAUCAACUUGUUCGGUGUGAAAGGUUACGGUGAAGCCGAGUUUGUAUUUUCAAUCAUUAAAGUUUUAACAGUCAUUGGUUUCAUCAUCAUGGGUAUUGUGCUAAACUGUGGUGGUGGCCCAGAAGGUGGCUACAUCGGUGGUAAGUACUUCCACGACCCCGGUGCUUUUGUAGGUGACACUGCAGGUGCGAGAUUCCAAGGUGUUUGUUCCGUUUUCGUCACUGCUGCAUUCUCAUUUGCUGGUAGUGAAUUGAUUGGUAUUGCCGCUGCUGAAUCUGCUGAGCCAAGAAAGUCUGUUCCAAAGGCCGCAAAGCAAGUUUUCUGGAGAAUUACUCUAUUUUACAUGCUGUCAUUGCUAAUGGUUGGUCUUUUGGUUCCAUACACUGAUGAAAGACUGAUUGGUGCUUCCUCUGUUGACGCUGCUGCAUCACCUUUCGUCAUUGCUAUCACCUCUCAUGGUAUUAGAGGUUUGCCAAGUGUUGUUAAUGUUGUUAUUCUAAUUGCCGUCUUAUCUGUCGGAAACUCAGCUGUCUACGGUUGUUCCAGAACGCUAUGUGCUUUGGCCCAACAAAACUUCCUUCCAAAGAUUUUCGGUUACAUUGACAGAUCAGGUAGACCUCUAUUCGGUAUUGCUUUCACAUCCGCAUUUGGUCUAGUCGCAUUUGUCGCUCAAAGUAAGAAAGAAGGUGAAGUGUUUGCUUGGUUGUUAGCGUUGUCUGGUCUAUCCUCUUUGUUCACAUGGGGUGGUAUCUGUUUCUGUCACAUCCGUUUCCGUGCAGCAUUGACUGCUCAAGGCAGGUCCACGGAUGAACUUCCAUUCAAAGCACCAGCUGGUAUCUACGGUUCCAUGUGGGGCUUGUUCAUGAUUGUCCUAAUGUUCAUGGCACAGUUCUACGUCGCACUGUUCCCACCUGGAGGCAAGCCGAGCGCCGAGGUGUUCUUCCAGUCGUACUUGUCAUUCCCAGUUGUCCUGGCGUUCUACUUCGGUCACAAACUGUACGCUAGAAACUGGAAGUUGUUGAUCCCAUUGUCGAAGCUGGACAUCGACACUGGCCGCAGAGAGAUGGACCUGGAUGUCCUACGCCAAGAGAUUGCGGAAGAAAAACAGAUGAUGUCUACAAGGCCAUGGUGGUACCGUUGGUACAGCUUCUGGUGCUAA